ACUUAUCUGAAAAUUCAUGAAAAUAGCCCUUGAAUUUGAUGAAAAGAGAGCCAAGUGAAAAGUACCAUAGACGAAGAUACGAACAUUCCAGCAGGUGUCUGUAUCUCUUCGGUUCUCAGUUCUUGCUUCUCAACCCUUCCGUGAAUCCGUAUUAAGAGCUACAAUUUCUUGUGAAUAACACAAAGAAAAAGUUCAAGAAAAAAUGGAGGGGACUUCGAAUGGAGAAGAACCCGCUUCGUGGGAAGAGCUUUACAACAUCAAUUUGAUGCCUUCCGAGAUUUUCUUGAAGUUUCGGAAAGAAAUUCAGGGGUUUCGUGUUGGCGUUAACUUGGAGUUGUAUAAUGCUCCUCUGAACGACUACCAUGCAAAACUGGUUUUGAAACCUUUAGCCAAUGAGCGGAAGUGGAAGCUAAUAUAUGAGCCUUUAUACCAGGAUGUGCAGCUUGUUUCCAAGAAAAUCCCAGUCACAAAGUUCCUUAACCUUCAGGUAGGAGUAGGUCAUAGCUUUCAGUUGCAUGCAACAGGUUGGAAAUGGAAGCUGACAACAUGUCUGGGUGGAGAUGGUAUAUCUAGGAUUCGGAAUAAAACAUCCCUUGGUUUGUGUCCUGGAGUGGAUUUUCGUUUUGGGUGGAGGGCUGAUUAUGUUCUCCCUGAAAUUACUGGGGGUGUGGGCAGUGAUGAACCGUUGUUUAACAUGAAAUCUGGACGCUUACAGGCAUCUCUUGACAGAAUUGAGGCUAUCUUUACCCAUGCUGAUGAAGAAUGACGGAGAUUGCAGGUACACAAAUUGUAGUCAAGGAAAAGGCAAGGAGCAAUAACAUUGCAUAUCGGUUAUUCGUGCUACUUCAUGAAGUAUACUGCUGUCUCUGUGUAAAGCUUAUUCUUCUUGUUGCAGUAUCGUCUAGAUGUGGUGUUAGUUGUUUUAUUGCAGUUCUCUUUACCCCAUUAUCAAUUCCCACUUGGAUCGAAGAGGGAUCCAAUUUCAGGUCUGGGAUAUGAAGACAUGCA